CCAAUUGUCAGAUGCUGUACAUAUGUAGUAUACGUAAUGAUGAGCGCUUGCGCAGUUCCACACAAAUUCCCGUUCGUUUUCCAAAUCAUGUGAAUGCCAGCGAGUAUGUAUAUACCUAGGUAUGUAGUCCGGGAAAUACCUUCGGGAUGCCUGAAAGCCAUCUGUUUGUGAUAUCAGAAUAUCGAUAUAUCGUCCUGGUAGCUCCACAGGUAUCGAGUGUACCACGUCGUUGAAUCCAACUGAAAGCAGGUGUCGUUGGAAUAAACAAUCGAACUUGCUCUCGCAUAUAUAACUUCCUACUGUGAAGCACAGGCUUUCCCAGUUGUCGUCGCUUUAAGCAUUGCAAGUUGUGACCAGGUCGAGGUUCUAGACCACCAUCGCCCCAACUUGAAAGGCAGGGAGAGGGAAAGCCUCCGUGCUCCCCUGUUGCCAGGCUGCCGUAAGCCCCACCCUAAGUGUGAUCCUGAUUCCCGGGUUCUGACGCAGCUUGAGCCUUGUUGUGCCGUUUUUUUGCUGUUCCUGAGUCAUCGGUCAAGUUCCGACUCGGAUGUUUUUUUUUGGUGGUGUCUGAAGUGCAACACCAAGAUCCCACUCGAUCCCGACCACAACCCCACCACCACUUGCGACCCCACUUUGUCUUCUCCUCUUCACACCACACAAUGCCGCCCAAAGGAAAGAAGGGGCAGUCGAAUGACAAAAAAGGGGGGGAAGAUGACCGCGACCAACCCCUCCAAGCGGUGAUUCUGGCCGAUCCCUUCGAGACUCGCUUCAGUCCCUUCACUCUUGAGCGCCCGAGGUGUUUAUUACCCCUCGCGAAUACCCCGCUCAUUGAGUACACGUUCGAAUUCCUAGCCAACGCCGGCGUCGAGGAAAUUUUUGUAUACUGUGGCGCACACAAGGACCAAGUGGAAGAGUACAUCAAGCGCUCGAAAUGGACAUCGGCUCGUUCAUCACCCUUUUCCAGGCUCGAGCUUAUCCAGUCCACGUCCCAUUCUAUCGGCGAUGCCAUGCGCGAUCUCGAUUCGAGGGGCCUGUUGGUGGGGGAUUUCCUACUGGUAUAUGGAGAUGUCGUUAGCAAUGUACCAUUGGAGAGUGCGCUGGCUGCCCAUCGCGCACGCCGCGCAAAGGAUAAAAAUGCUAUCAUGACAAUGGUUCUGCGGGAGGCGGGCACGACACACAGGACAAAAGCGCAGGGUACGAGCCCCAUAUUCGUCAUCAAUCCCACCAAGGAUCGGUGCCUACAUUUCGAACAGAUGCCCAACAAGGAACAGACACAUCGCCUCUCACUAGAUCCCGAUCUCCUAAAGGAAAACCAGGAGCUCGAAAUUCGACAGGACUUGAUUGAUUGCGGCAUAGAUAUUUGCACACCGGAUGUCCUGGCAUUAUGGAGCGACAACUUCGAUUUCCAAGCACCCCGCAAGGGAUUCCUACACAGUGUCCUGAAAGACUACGAACUGAACGGCAAAACUAUUCACACCCACAUCGUCUCGGAUUACUACGCCGCAAGGGUUAGAAACCUCAACGCAUAUGAUUCCGUGAGCAAAGACAUAGUAUCAAGGUGGGCCUAUCCAUUGUGUCCCGAUAGCAAUCUUGUCCAAGGACAGUCAUACCGGUUAGGCAAAGGCAAUAUCUACAAAGAGGAUGGUGUAAUUCUAGCUCGCGACUGCGUCCUCAACUCCAAAACAGUUAUCGGAAGAGCAACUAGCAUUGGCGAUGGAAGCGUUAUUUCUAACAGCAUCAUCGGUCGGUAUUGCCAUAUCGGCAAGGGUGUCAAAAUUGAUGGAGCAUAUAUCUGGGACUAUGCGAGUAUUGGAGACGGUUGUGUUAUCAACAAGUCUGUGAUCGCCAACGAAGCGUACAUUGGGAAGAGAUGUACUGUUGAGGCUGGUGCGCUUGUUUCAUAUGGGGUCAACAUAUCUGAAGGAACGACCAUUCGUGGUGGCUCGCGCAUCACCAAGAUAAAGCGAAGACCCGAGGAUGGGCAAGAGCCUCUACAAGGAGAACCCGAUCCCGCCGUGGUAGGCAAAGGAGGUGUUGGUUUCGAAUACCAGGAUUCAGAAGAGGAGGACGAGGAUGAGGUUGUAGACAGCCUCAUCCCUAUCGGUCCAGUAUACAAUCUCGCUCACCUCUCACUUUCCUCAGAGUCCAUAUCGACGCUCAAUUCCGAUUCGGAAGCAGACUAUUUCGAUCAGGGACGGGAUCGAUCGGCUGCGGGUAGUUUCCUGUCUGUUGGAUCAGAAGAUAGCGGACACGCCCACAACUUUGACCAGGACGCAUCGGCCAGCAUCUACGAUUCACUGGUUGAAGGGCACGAAUCCGCAAACAUACAGCUUGAAUUGACGGCCCUACGAAUGAGCACCAACGCCUCCGAUCAUCAAGUUCGACGUUCAGUGGUAUCCGCCUUUGUGAAGCGCAUAGUCCAGCUCAUCAAUUCAGGAACCAGUAUACGCGAAGCCAUCGCACAGGUGUUUGUGCAACAUAAAGAUCUCGUGGACCGGUCCAUUUUCGACAAAAAUGCAGCGAGCAAGUCGGAUCAGAUAGAUUUUAUGCUGCUACUGCAAGCGGAUCUGGCUCACCGAGACCAUGGAGAGUCGAUACUUUUGACGGCCGCCACCAAGCUAGUGGAGCUGGAAACCAUUGAAGAUACUGGAGUCCUGCAGUGGUGGGAAGAUGCAAAGAGUACGGAUAAUGAGGAGCUGAGGAAGGUACGGGGGAAAACACAGCAGCUGAUCGACUUCCUCAACCAAUCUUCAGGGGAGGAAAGCAGCGAGGAGGAAGAUGACGAUGACGAAGAUGAUUCCGAGUAGACAAAAAAAAACAAUGAACAUAUUAGCGGUGCAUGAGUAUCCAAGUCUGUCUUUGCGC